AUGGUUGGGAAUUCCUCAAGUCCUACGCACAGGCAAGAACAUAUGCAAGCGAUUGUCACACUAAGGUCAGAGAGACAAGUGGACAAUCAGGUGGUUGAGCAAGAAGAAGACCCUGCGGGGCAAGAAAGGGAAAAGAGUGGCAACAAAGAGAAGAGAGAUGCCGAGCCAUCUAUAGCCACACCCAUUAUUGAGGACCCUCUUAGGUCAUUUGACUUGAUUACAGUGAAGAGGAAGACAAAUGUUCCGAAGAAGGCAUUCCUGACCAAGCAGGUUAGUUCAAUCCUUCAAUGCAAGUUGCCCCUCAAGUACAAGGACCCUGGGUGUCCUACUAUUUCUUGCAUGAUAGGAGUCAGCCAAAUUGAGAGGGCAUUAUUGGAUCUUGGAGCAAGUGUAAAUUUGUUGCCCUACUCAGUUUAUGUGCAGUUGGGGCUAGGAGAGUUGAGGCCUACAUCCAUGACAUUGCAAUUAGCUGAUAGGUCAGUGAAGGUUCCACGGGGAAUAGUAGAGGAUGUCUUGAUUAAGGUGGAUAAGUUUUAUUUCCCCGUGGAUUUUAUUGUGCUUGACACAGAGCCGGUUCCAAAUGUGGGGAGUCAAAUACCGGUAUGCUUGAUUGAGGAGAUCCUUGAGGAUGUUGUUGAAGAAUCAAGCAUGGCGGACCUCCUGGACGUAUGCUUUGCUCAGUUUGGAGAGGAUCUGGACUUAGACAAGUUGCUUGAGCAAGCAGAUGCAAUUUUGGAGACUGCUCCUCUAGUGAGCAGUGAGAAGGAGGAGACAACAAUACCUGAUCCCCCCAAGAAGGAACUUAAACCUCUACCGGACACUCUCAAGUAUAAGUUCCUAGGUCUAGCAAAUUCAUUGUCUGUGAUUAUAGCUUUAGACUUGGUUGAUGCUCAAGAGGAGAAAUUGUUAGAGGUUUUAAGAGAACAUAAAGAAGCUAUCGGCUAG